CUCGACAGAUUGUCGAAGACCACGACAUCACCAUGGCCUCCAAAAUAAACGAAGCCCAUGAACACAUCGCUAAAGCGGAGAAAAAUUUAAAGACAAGCAUGACAAAGUGGAAGCCAGAUUUUGACAGUGCUGCAUCAGAAUAUGCCAAAGCUGCGGUGUGCUUCAAGAAUGCCAAACAGUUUGAGCAGGCUAAGGAUGCCUACCUGAAGGAGGCCGAGUACCACACGGAAAAUAAAGCCUUGUUUCAUGCAGCAAAAGCAAUCGAACAAGCAGGUAUGAUGAUGAAGGACUUGAAGAAGAUGCCUGAGGCCAUCCAGUACAUAGAGAAGGCCAGCAUGAUCUACGUAGAGAAUGGUACUCCAGACACCGCUGCCAUGGCUCUGGACAGGGCCGGGAAACUUAUCGAGCCUGUGAGUUUAGAGAAAGCUGUGGACCUGUAUCAGCAGGCUGCCGGUGUGUUUGAGAAUGAGGACCGUCUACGCCAGUCGGCUGAGCUCCUGGGGAAAGCUUCCAGACUGCUGGUCAGAUUACGCAGACUGGAUGAAGCGGCAACCGCCCUUCAAAAAGAGAAGAACAUGUAUAAAGAUAUAGAGAAUUAUCCCACUUGCUUUAAGAAAACAACAGCUCAGGUGUUGGUGCAUCUACACAGAAAUGACUUUGUGGCGGCAGACAAGUGUGUCCGAGAGAGUUACAGCCUCCCGGGGUACAGUGGGAGUGAAGACUGCGUAGCCAUGGAGACGUUACUGCAGGGAUAUGACGAGCAGGACGAGGACCAGGUGCAUCGCGUGUGUAACUCUGCUCUGCUGAAGUACAUGGACAAUGACUAUGCCAAGCUGGCCAUCUCCCUGAAGGUACCUGGAGGAGGAGCGAAGAAGAAGACCGCGAAGCCACCACAGGGGGGCGCCGGAGCGCCUGCUGCUGCCGCCGAGGAUGACGAUGACUACGAGGGAGGGCUGUGUUAGCCGCAGAUAAGAAAACACUGACCGCUAAAUACACCCAACUCUAAACACACCAGGAAGUCCUGCCCAUUGAGGUGAAACUCUCAGAAUAUGUUGCUCCCCCCUGUACUAGACCCCAAUAUGUUGCUCCACCCUGAACUAGACCCCAAUAUGUUGUUCCCCCCUGAACUAGACCCCAAUAUGUUGCUCCCCCCUGAACUAGACCCCAAUAUGUUGCUCCCUCCCUGAACUAGACCCCAAUAUGUUGCUCCCCCCUGAACUAGACCCCAAUAUGUUGCUCCCCCCUGAACUAGACCCCAAUAUGUUGCUCCCCCCUGAACUAGACCCCAAUAUGUUGCUCCCCCCUGAACUAGACCCCAAUAUGUUGCUCCCCCCCUGAACUAGACCCCAAUAUGUUGCUCCCCCCUGAACUAGACCCCAAUAUGAUGCUCCCCCCUCUGAACUAGACCCCAAUAUGUUGCCCCCCCCCCUGAACUAGACCCCAAUAUGUUGCUCCCCCCCUGAACUAGACCCCAAUAUGUUGCUCCCCCCUGAACUAGACUCCAAUAUGUUGCUCCCCCCUGAACUAGACCCCAAUAUGUUGCUCCCCCCUGAACUAGACCCCAAUAUGUUGCUCCCCCCCUGAACUAGACCCCAAUAUGUUGCUCCCCCCUGAACUAGACCCCAAUAUGUUGCUCCCCCCCUGAACUAGACCCCAAUAUGUUGCCCCCCCCCUGAACUAGACCCCAAUAUGUUGCUCCCCCCCUGAACUAGACCCCAAUAUGUUGCUCCCCCCUGAACUAGACUCCAAUAUGUUGCUCCCCCCUGAACUAGACCCCAAUAUGUUGCUCCCCCCUGAACUAGACCCCAAUAUGUUGCUCCCCCCUGAACUAGACCCCAAUAUGUUGCUCCCCCCCUGAACUAGACCCCAAUAUGUUGCUCCCCCCCUGAACUAGACCCCAAUAUGUUGCUCCCCCCUGAACUAGACCCCAAUAUGUUGCUCCCCCCCUGAACUAGACCCCAAUAUGUUGCUCCCCCCUGAACUAGACCCCAAUAUGUUGCUCCCCCCUGAACUAGACCCCAAUAUGUUGCUCCCCCCUGAACUAGACCCCAAUAUGUUGCUCCCCCCUGAACUAGACCCCAACACGUUGCUCCCCUCUGAACUAGACCCCAAUAUGUUGCUCCCCCCUGAACUAGACCCCAACACGUUGCUCCCCUCUGAACUAGACCCCAAUAUGUUGCUCCCCCCUGAACUAGGUGUCUAAUUCCCUCCACUCCCCUCGGUGUGAAACAUGUCGAUAUCAGUAAAGUAUACUCUUCCUCUGUGUGGGUCCAACUUGUUUAAUGUAUUUAACAUCAAACAUACUCUCUCUCCCCCC